CAGGUUGUUGUGUGUUGGCAGCAGACCACUCAGAAGAAAUAUAUGAUGGGUGCAUAAUUAGCAUCCAUGCCCCAGAUGCUUUGAAGCUUCUAGGAACGCAAGCAACAUACGAUGAGUCAAGGAUACUUGGUGCUUUUCAGUAUGUAUACAGUGAUAUUUAUCUUCAUCGUGACAAAAGUUUGAUGCCCCAAAACCCAUCAGCAUGGAGUGCUUGGAACUUUCUUGGAACCACACAGCAUGGUGUAUGUGUUACAUAUUGGUUAAAUGUGUUACAGAAUCUGGGUUCUACUGGUCGCCCAUUUCUUGUAACUCUGAAUCCUCCUCGUAUUCCGAAGCACGAGUUACUUAAAUGGUACACUAGCCAUCCUUUCCCGUCGGUUGCAGCCUCAAAAGCUUCUCUUGAGCUAGAUAAAAUUCAAGGAAAAAGAACAAUAUGGUUUUCUGGAGCAUACCAAG